AUGACUAGUCUGACAGAAUAUAUGACACCACAGCCUACUACAGUUCAAGAUGUAUCACUGGUGAUUAAAAUUAAGGGUCAAUUAGUAGAUACUCACACUAGAUGUAGCCACUAUCACACGGAUGUUGACGUCAUUGCCAUUAAGUUCCUAUGUUGCCCCACAUAUUACUAUUAUCCAUGUUUCAAAUGCCAUCAAGAAUCAAAUAACCAUGAAGCCAAGAGGUAUCCUAUAUCAACUACCAAUGAAAAAGCUGUACUAUGUGGUAAUUGCUAUCAUGAAAUGACGAUUCAAGAGUAUCUUGAUUGUAACUACAGCUGUCCCGCAUGUGAACACCCAUUUAAUCCUGGAUGUAGAAACCACUACCAGUUGUAUUUUCAGUAA